AUGGCUAGUCGUUUUGCAAAAGGGAAGAUGGUAACAGUACUGAGUAUUGAUGGAGGUGGCGUCAGAGGCAUUAUUCCUGGCACUCUUCUUUCUUUCCUCGAAUCCAAGCUUCAGGAGUUAGAUGGAGCAAAUGCAAGAAUUGCAGAUUACUUUGACAUUAUUGCAGGAACAAGCACCGGUGGGAUGAUAGCUACCAUGCUUACAGCUCCAAACAAGCAAAACAGACCCAUGUACGCAGCAAAGGAUAUCAACAAUUUUUAUUUGGAGCACUGCCCCAAGAUUUUCCCUCAGAAUAGUCGCCUUAAUUUCCUGGCCUCAAUGGCAAGUUUCUUCAGAGCAACAUCGAUGGGACCAAAGUAUGAUGGGAAGUACCUAAGGUCAUUGACAAACCAGUUACUAGAAGACAUUACUCUAAAGCAGACACUGACAAAUGUGGUUAUACCAGCUUUCGACAUCAAGCUCCUACAGCCAGUGAUCUUCUCUACCAACGAUGCGAAGGCAGAUGCUUUGAAGAAUGCUAGGCUAGCAGAUGUCUGCGUCAGCACCUCUGCUGCUCCCACUUUUCUCCCCGCACACUACUUCGAAACUAAGGACGCUGACGGGAAAACCCGCACGUUUGAUCUCAUUGAUGGUGGAGUUGCUGCAAAUAAUCCUACAAUGUUAGCUAUAAACCACUUCUCCAAGGAGAUCUUGAAGCAUAGUACAGAAUUUGUGGAAAUCAAACCGAUGGACAGCAGGAGGAUGCUAGUGCUGUCACUAGGCACUGGGGAAGCCAAGCAUGAAGAGAAGUAUAGCGCAGCUGCAGCCUCCAAAUGGGGCAUGAUCAACUGGCUCUAUGACAAAGGGAAAACUCCAUUGCUUGAUGUCUUCUGGGACGCUGGCUCUGAUAUAGUUGACUUUCAUAUCUCCACUCAGUUCCAAUGCCUUCACUCCAAGGACAAUUAUCUCCGUAUUCAGGAUGACACAUUAACGGGUGAUGCAGCAUCGGUUGACAUUGCAACUGAAGAGAAUCUGCAAAAGCUCAUUGGAAUUGGGACAGAGCUCUUAAAGAAGCGAGUCUCAAGAGCGAAUUUGGAGACAGGUAAGUUUGAGGAAGUUGAGGGAGAGCCUACCAACGAAGCAGCCCUUGCCAACUUUGCUAAGAAGCUCUCCGAAGAACGAAAGCUUAGGCUUGCACCAUGA